AUGUCAGUUCACGAGGUGACGUACAACUCCCUCAAGGAGAUGGGUAUAGAUCCUCUCAUAGCAAGGGAAGCUGCUUCGAGGUUUCAUAGCGUCGAACCAGCUGUCAAUUGGUGUUUCGGUGAUGGGGCGAACUGGACCCCUGAACCUGCUAGACCCGAAGGACCUCCCUCAUAUGAUUCAUGGAGACCACAACGAGCCUACGGGACUUCAGUCGAGCACCGAGAGGUGAUAGACGUCGAUGCACCUUCAUCGGCGGAGCCCAGUCCAUCACCACAACCACCUGCAUUCGCAUCCAACAAUCCAUUCCGACAACACCUUUCACCGCCCCCUCCGCCUCCUCGACGCAAUAUCGCUCCUGCACCUUCCCUAACUCCCACUGUCGUCAAUGACGAUGAGGAUGAGGACCUUCGCAGAGCCAUUGAGCUCUCUCAGCAAUCUGAUGGAAUAGGUGGAACUGGAGCAGAAGGAGAAGACGAGAAUAGGCAAAAUAGAGAAAGAUCCGUUAGAGCUACUGGACCCCCUCCACCCAGCCCCACCAAUCAGCCUAUCGAUCUUACUGGGAAUGACAAUGAUAACUUAGACAUAGGGACGCUGUUUGGACCGAGUAACAAAGAUGAUGCGGAGGGAAAGCUGGCCAUGGUUCCUGCCUCUCAGAACAACCCUAACUCGAUGUCGAAAGAAGACGAAGAUAUGGAUCGAGCGAUUCAAGAAUCCCUCAUGACCGCAAGCUUCCACUCAGCCUCGAAUGUCAGAGAUACCGAUAAACCUGUACCCUCGGAACGGAUAGAUGGAGCGCCACUGGUCCUGUACUCGGAAUCAGGCCAUUCUACAUACGCAGCCAAUUUUUUCCAAGCUAUGUAUGCUGUCCCACAGCUCCGUGAAGCUGUCGCUAGUGUAGUAGCUGCGAGCCAAGCUAGUGAAUCUUCAUAUAAGGGUAGAAUAGUAAAUCAAAUCUAUGAUUCUUAUCUCACUUCGACAUCAAGUUUCAUCGAAGUCGACGAACAACUCAAAGCGUUUAGAGACGGAAGGGAACCCAAUCAAUUACCACCUAAUGCACCUGGGGUCGAUCUUCACCAGCUGUUCGUUCAUGAGAUGACCAAUAUUAUACUGUCUCAAAUCGGUGAUUCACCUACGCCGGAAGAUUGGAAAAACCUGAAUGAUUCUGAACCUGAGCGACUGUUCAAAACCCGAGUGGAAUCCGAUCCACCGCAAAAUUCAUCCUACGUCACCUUUUUGCGAUCCUCCCAUGUCUCACCCGACAUAUACUCGCAUUUAUCUCAGAUACUCUGGAACGCCGAUUCGGAUUCGCAGCAGCAGAGUCUGAUAGAAUUGGGAGACAUAUUGACGGUAAUGCUUGAAUGGGGUAGUGGAGCUAAGAGGGAGGUCUGGAAGUUGGAGGAGAGAGUCGUUUUGGAUCGAUUUAUGAAAUCCAAUGCUACCUACUCAGCACAGAAGCGGGCGCAUCAAUCAGUAAUGGCUGGAAAUGCCCGACGUACUCAGGAGAAAAUAGAUCGCUUGACGAUGCACGAGGGUAACGAUUAUCAGAAGAGCAUAUCUGCGCUGGUGGAGCAUCUAGAAAAUACCCCCGAGACGGAAGAUAGUAUGCAGAAUGAAUCGAGAAGGGAGAUGAAGCAAAAACUCGAGAAAAUCCUCAAAGUCCUUCAACAAAAAGUUUCCACUCUUCAACUCGAGUUUGAACAACAUACCCAAGCCGCUUCCGGCAGUGUGUUUGAUACCGAUGAUCCGGCCUACAAUCAGCAUGUGUACAUACUGCGAGGUAUCCUGUUCCAGGAUGGCGCUCUUGUGGGAGGUAAUCAUCUAUACGCUUAUAUCAGGGGAGAUGAUGGGAGAUGGUGGAAAGUACAGGAACAUCAGAUUGAGCCGGUUGAUUGGAAAUCGAUAGCGGAAGAUAAAACUGGAUUGUGGAUGGACGGUGGUGCAUAUAUGCUCAUAUAUUCAAGAGACGGUCCUCGUCCUUCUGCGCCCCCUUCUAACGCUUCUGCGCGGAUCGAUCUAUCACCCGCUACCACAAUUCGAAACGACCUCCCCCAGUCGACAGUAGUACCAGAGGACGAUCUGAUAGAUAUAAGUAUGACCACGGAUACAUCUUUAGCCUCGACAAGACAGAAUACACCUGAACAUUCUAUCGGUGAAGGAACAGGAGAUGAUGAAGGGGAUGUGGAGAUGAAGUCCACUAGUACUUUGGUAGAUAGGAGUGAGAGACUGAACCUCGCCGAGAGUGAGGUUGGUCGAGAUUAA